UGCUUGACAUGGCGGUGCUGGUUGCGUUAAUUCUCGUCCUGACUUGUGGAGCUGUCCACGCGUUCCAAAAAGACUGCUACGACCAAGCCGGGAAGUGUCAAAAAAACUUUGAGCGGGCGAUCUCUCACCAAACAGAAUCGAAAUGUCUGUAUUACCAAAGCCUGUUGAGAUGCUUUUCAAACUCAACCUCCAUGAGUCGUCAGUGUAAAGUAACUGCCUUGACAAGAACGAAAAGAUCUUGCAAUAAACUCCAGUGUGACAAAGGCAGGUGCACUAAGGGUGACUGGUUCCUGGAAAGUAAUACCCCCAACAUGAUGGGAAAGAGGGAGGCAUGUCAUGAAGACAAGGAGUGUCUGAAAAGAGCAAACACCGCCCAUGGUGUUGCGUCCAACAACAAAAAUUGCAGCAUUUACCAAGAGGACUUCCGGUGUUAUGAUGCGAUCCCGAAGACCUGCAACUUUGCCAAGAAAGUGGCCUCCCAGAAGCAGAAGUGUAUUAGGAACUGCGAGUCAGUGAAGGUCCCCGUCAACGAAAACUGUGAAAGGAAGGAUGUACCCCGAUCAAACAGUCCCGUUCCCAACCUUUCUGCUUCCAUGACAACAAUAUCUCCAGUUGUAAAUGAUAGAGGUAUCGCAGGAGGGGAAACGCAAACUGCGUUUCAGAACGUCACACGGACGGACGUCACAGGUCACGACAACGUACCACAUUUUGCGCGAAACAUCACGGACACCGGAAAUGACGUCAAUACGACGUCACCUCUUUCCCGUGAAAGUAAAUCAGGUGCUGGUUUAAUGUGGGCACCUGUCGGCGUUGCGGAAGUCCUGCUUGUGUGGACACUGGGAUAUUUACUGUAACAAACACCUGACACAACACGUCUUACUUUUAGCUCACCUGAUUGAAAGUCAAGUGAGCUUAUGUCGUAGCCUGUGCGUCGUCGGUCGUCCAUCGAAAACAUUUUUAUCUCUGAAACCACUGCGGAAACUUGGUAUGCAUGUUUCUACCACUGAUUUCACGGCAGCCAUAUUUUUAGCAAAUAAUGAAACUUGGUAUAUGUGUAGUAAUGGGGCUGAACAUGUAUAUUCCGGGGCUUGUUUUUCAAAUAUUAUUUCUUUACCUUUGAACUUUGACCAUGUUCUUAAUUACAGUAAAGUACGGUUAUAACGAACGCAAAGGGUCACUAAUUGUAGUUCGUUAUAACCGUAGUUCGUUAUAAUCAUGAAUACAGUAAAUGGACGGGAUCAAAACACAUUUCGUUAUAUCCGUCUGUUCGUUAUAAGCGUGUUCGUUAUAAUCGUAGUUACUGUAUCUUAAUUGUUCGAACCAUUGAAAAUCCCUGAACAUGUUAAAAAGAUCGAAUCCGAUUUUCACAUCAACAAAGGCAAUUGCACAGCCAUAUAGAUAAGAGAACUGAAAUAUUCCCUGAAAGAUUAGGACAGUAAGGUGUUUCAUGUCACAUGAUAUGAGAAGGUCAUUUGGUAAUAGGUGCCGACUACGCAAGACUUUGCUUUUGUCAAAGGUCAUGGAAAUGGCGAUAAUGGGGCUGCUUCUGUUAAGCAUGUCAUUAAAACAAUUUUCUAUUUUCUGAAAAUUAUUCCUGAGACACUACUGCCUGAAUUAUUCCGAAUGUCUGAUGAUUGUUUGCUAUAGUGAGGAGUUUAUCUUUUGUGAAACAAUAUGGAAACCUUGUAAGUACAUGUUAUUUUCAUAAUUGUAAAUUAAGAGACAUUGUUGAAUUUUGUUAAAUAUUUGAGAUUUGUUUGAAAAAUAUCUAUGUUGAAAAUAAUUUCAAUGGAGACGGCCACUUACAUCUGACUAUUAUGACAUUCAGAACUGUUGACUACAUAACAAGGUGAGCUGCAGUACCGUGGCACAAGUUUCCUUGCGAAUACAAUAUGUUUGAUGUAACAAGUGUAUUCUUAACGAUUUACAUGCAAAUAAACGUCAGGUUUACAUUAAA